CCAAACAGUGCCCUUUGAUUACCACAUCCUAUCGUAACCAAAAUAGAUGAUGCAAGCUAAAGCAAUGUUCAUAAUCUCCCUAAUAUCAUGUGCAAUAUUCAGUAAUAACAACUAUUUAAGAUAUCAAAUUCGGCUGAAGAGGAGGGAGAAGGUGAAACUCGGACGAUAACAUGGAUAACAUGAGUGGUUUUGACGAGAAACUAAAGUAUACUCCAUUUCAGUCUUUUAUUCAAUGUCAGUCAAUUCAAAAUGAAGAACACAAAGAAGUGAGUAAGGAACAGAUUCUCAAUCUGCAGAUACAUUUACCAAAGGACUGGAGCAAUAGUUUCAAAAACUAUAGAACAUAUCUAAUUGUUGCUGUUGAUACAAGUGGAUCUAUGGGCGGCAAUCCAAUAAAACAGGUGAAAACAGCCCUUCACGAGCUCCUGUCUCAGACUAUACCCUGCCGUGACAUUAAGACAGAUGUUAUUUCCUACAACAGUGUAGUGUCCUUGUUGGAACUCAAUAUAGACAAUUAUCAGGCAAAAAUUGAAGGACUUAAUGCAUCAUCAAUGACAAACUUUAUCAUUGUAUUUGACAAGCUUGAUGAACUACUAUCAAAAUAUGAGCAUUCCUAUGACAGAGCAGUAGUGGUUUUUAUGACUGAUGGCCAGGAUACAGCUAACAAUUUUGAAAUGGUCAAUAAAAGAACUGUUAGCUGGAAAACAAGAAUAGAUUCAUUAAGCAUUCCUGUCACUGUUCAUUCUGUAGGCUUCUCAAAAGAUCACCAGUUUAAGUUUUUGAAAGAUUUGACUGAGGCUGGCGAAGGAACAGGGAUGUUUAGGUACUGUGAGCCGAGUGAGGGUCCAGAUUCAUUGACAAAGAAAUUACAGGAACUGUUUGAUUUUAUUGUGCAAGGGUCUGGUCAGCAUGUAGAUGUUCAUCUUUCAAUAAAUGAAGAUAACAAAAUAGAAGAUAAUGGCAAAAAAGUACAAUCUUAUGUUGUCAAUGCACCUGUUGCUCACGAUUUAGAAUCAGAUAAGCUUGUUGUUACAGCAUCAGCAUGGAUACUAAAUCAGACACCAACUGUUUGUCCAACUGUCAAAGUUCACAUCACUCAUAAUGUCAAAGUGAAUAAUAUUCUGGAAGAAGUGACAUUUCCUUGUGAAGUGUUUAACAGUCCUAUGAUGAUUCUGACUUCUGUUAAAGAUAAAUGUCUGUGGAGUAUAAAGAUUGUAUCUAAAAGUACAGAUAUAACAGCUACAAAACUAUCAGAAAUUAUAACCAGUGAAGGAGAUGCUUCUAUGAUUGAAAAAAGACUAACAAAGUUACAAGAAAGGUUAUCACGAAUACCUUUGUAUGGCAAAGAUAUCAACAAAAGUCUAAGAGAAGAGAUUUAUAAAAUGAUGUCAGAUAUUCAGGGAAAGAUAAACAGAAUGUUUACAUUAAUAGCAGAAUUUGCUAGAAAAGAGACCCCAUCAGUUGGAAUGUUGGCUAGAGCACAUGAUAUGAGGUACCAGGCUCAAUUUUCAAAGUCAAGAAGACAUAGGUUAAUGGAUCGUAGAGCCACUAAGAAUUUAUCGUCUGCCAAAACAGCACAGGAAGAGCUAACAGGACUACAGAUAGAUGUAGAAGAUGUAAAGAACAUCCCCCAGGAAACAUGUGACUUUUUCUUUUGUGCACUGUCGCAGAAUUCUAUAAAGGAUGUAUUAAUAGACAGUGACCCAGAUGAUUUGAUAGGCUUUGGCUUGACUGUCAAAAGAACUGAAGUCAUCUUAGAUGAACCUUCACUAAUUUGGAUACACAAUAUCAGUGGUACAGUUGUUAGUAAGACUGCAAUGAUGGAUGCUCUGGAAUUUAAAUUAAAAGUAGAGGGACCGUUACAAGCCCAUGGAGGUUUCAACUUUGACCUAGGAGUGACAACAGUAGGACUUGGUAGAGAGCCAAUCAAUGCUUGGCUACCUUUGUUUGUAAAUCAAACACAUUGGAAGAAAGUUAAGAUACUGUUAAAACCAGUACUUGGUUUUCUAUGUGCAUUGGAUCCUUUAGGAUAUGAUUACAAACAGAUCGAUGUGAUGUUUAUGACACUUGGUAGCAUGGUCAGUCAACUGUCAGAUGUACAGGAACAUCAACUUAAGAUGAUCCUUGUCUUCCAAAGGACAUGUCGAGCAUGCCUGGUGGACUUUGAUUUGGUUGAACAAGUGAGCACUGUGUUGACUAACUUUAUAGCGUCACCUGCAGGGAGAACUAAAGAUGUAAUACCAAAUCUACUGACUUUGAUUGGUUAUCUAUUAUCUCUACCUAAAGAUAGACUCAAGGUCAUUCUACAGAUGGAUGGAAAGCCUGUGCAGUAUAAUAUGGAUAGAUUUUGGUUAGCAUUUACAACAGAAUUAUUAAGAAGAGCUGGAGCCAACUUGUUCAAGGACUCCAAAUCUAAUGUUGUUUAUGGUUGUAUUGAUUCAUUGGUUAAUGGAUUUUCAGAUGACAAAACAUGCUGUGAUGACCCAGAAUCAACUUUCAAAAAAAUCUUUAAAAAAGGAUUUGACCAGAAGGAAGAAAUAGUUCCUGCUGAAUUUGACACAAAGAGUGGCCUUCCUUUACAAGCACCUGCUCCAAUACAUUCAGUGAAAUGUGAUAAGGCAAUGGAUAUAUGGGCCCAGUCCAAAUGUGGUUUAAUUCGGAAUAAGAACCAGGCAGAAAAAGUGAGCCAAGCAACUAAAUUAGUUAAUGAAUGGAUGAAAGAAGGACAAAAACUAGCAGCAGAACAAACAGACUCCAUUAAUUUAGAUGAAGAAAAAGAUGAAUCUGAUGAUAAUAUUACAGUAUCCAUACUGAGACUUCUAGUACAGGUAUAUGGAAAGUUGAGUAAUGCAGCAUACCCCAGAUUAUAUUGCAUUCCAGGAUGUAUGGGUUUUGUAAGUUACUGGCUUGGGGACAGGGACAUCACUGAGAUGGACCAGAAUGGGGGACUACCUCCUGUUUCUUGGUUAGAAGGUGCUAAGCAGUCUGUGUCAAAAAUGUACAAAUGUAUUGAAGAGGACACCCUUGAAGAUGUUGUCUUGGUAAAUGAAAGUUCUCAUGAUUCAGUCCCUUCAGUAGCUGCUGGUACAGACAUUGAGGAAAACGUACAGACAAAUACUACAGACAGUGUACGGACAGGAAAAGAUAACUCUUAUGAUAGUGAUGCUGGUGAUGAGGAUGAUGAUUAUUUUGAGUAUCGGUUACUUGAUGAUGCUGAUGAUUUAGACUAUGUCAGAUCAUCUGAAAUAAUCAAAAAGAAAAAUAGGAACAUAAAUAUAACAUCUGUCCUUGACCUCCUGGAUAGGGAUGUUGACAUUAUUGAAAUGUCAAGAAUCUUAGUCUGUCAGAUCCUACAGUACCAUAGCAACAGUAAAGCUAGAACAGCCAUUCAAAAUGGAGACUUUAUUGAUCUGAGUGUCGCAGAUGGUAUAGUUCUAAAUGAAGAAGUCGUUAAUCUGAGAAGUCAUCUCCAAAGUAUGAAAACAAAUGCCAUUAAGGAUUUCAUGGCAGAAAUGAUAUGGAAGAGAGCCAACCAUUGUAUGUUGAUGACUGAUUCAAUCUGGGCUUUUCUAGGUUAUUUACUGAACACAUAUGAAGAUAGAAGUGAAGGUGUCAGCUGGUUGUUGGCAGCCAUGACAGAUGAAGAAGCUCAGACCAUACCACUUCUGGCUGAGAAAGUCAAAAUAAUCUUCCUUGGCAAAUACGAGGAUCAUGAUGUCCUAGCUAAAGGCAAUGUUUAUAUACCUGAAGGAAAGACUGCAAAGAAAUUCUCUAAAGUUCUUGGAGAAGAGGCUUGGACUGAAAUAGAAAUUACCCUGAGAUCCCAAGUGACAUUACAUGUGUACAGAGAAUCAGAUAUACCCAACAGACACAGCCACUGUAACUCAAACCCUUAUAUACCUAACUCACUCAGACUCAAACUUGGCAUGCCAUUAAUUAAGAUAAAAGAUGGUGGAAACAGACCUAAAAGAAUCAGAAGUGGAAAAACCUGAAACAGAGUUUAUUACAAAGAAUAAAUUGGAUAAUUUUUAGAAAACUGUAAAUUCUAGUCAGUACAUUAUGAAUUACCACUUUCGACCUAAUGGCUCUGUUAUCCAACAUGGAACUUUUAGUGAAAUUAAAUACUGUAAUAUUGUUUUUUU